AUGACGAGGAUCGGCGUACAAGUGGAGAACAUCCGUGAAGGUCUGGACGCGGAAGUUCCUACAGGUCCAGACGAGGCCAUGCAAGUCCAUUCCUCUAUCGACGUUUCGGAGGUGGCGCUCACGCUGCACACCACGCAGCUUGUCGACAUGCAGAGAUUUGCACGCAAGUGCGAGUUGAUACCAUAUCGUGUCAAAUACGGCCGAUUUCGACCUCAAGGAUGGCGCCCGUCCAAAGCUGCACGUGCGGGGCAAACACAAGGGUCGUGGACAAAAGCCUGGUUGUAUGCCGGCCGCUCCGUGCUCGCCGACGUGCGAGCACGGCAGGGCUUCAUCUCCGCGGCGCAGCUGUCUGCCCUUAAGAGGCGCCGGGAGAGAUACAUUGGUAUUUGGACGGAACACAUACUCGCUCAACGGGGGGGCGCGGCUGUCGAGCUGACUUCCGGCCCUGAGAUCGAACUUGCGCAACUUGAAACGGAACUACCUGUUGAGACGAUCCUGAUAUUUCGGGCGCUUGCGGAGCAGCAGGUGGCGGAGCAGAUGAACGCGCAGCCCGGAGUAGUCGCGCCGAACAGAGUGGGUGGUUUAUUUGCCUCUGUGUCAUCGAUGAUCAGAGAGGGUGCCCGCGCGGGAGCGUCGAUCUUCGGCAUAGGCGGACGUGCUCGGCCUGAUGGAACGUCCAACGAGAGGUGGAGCAGGGACGAAGACGUGGAGCACCUUGCAAGGUACCUCGAGGCGGUCAUUUCGUCGAAGAAAGACCAUGACGGAAGUCGCCCGAAGGCACUGCUGACGCUGGACGCAGAAGUAUCUCGCGUCAACGCAGUGUUCGGGAUGCCUGCACGGAGUGCAUGCGGGCGUCAAGACGCGGGCCGAAGCGCAUUCACAAAGGCAUUUCAGUUCCGCGUGGAGCGAGUCAGUGUAGCGCAAGCCGAAUAUGGGUGCGCAAGAGCCCUUCAUGCAUGCUGUCAAAGCAUUUCAGCACACGGCGCACACGAGAGAAACUGCAUCAUCACGACGUCGAGCGAAUCAGCCGGGCGUUCUGCCCCUGCAUUUUCUUGCACUGCGGGAGCCGGGGAGUGCUCGACUGACUGGGCCCAGUUGAGAACAUGUGGAAAGCUCUUGCGGUUCUGGAACCGUCACGACGAGCGUCGCGAGCCCGCGGCCGCGGCCGGAUCGAGUGAAGCCUCCGAGCCAUCUGAAUGGGACGAUGAGAAGUCACAGAGCCAACGGGAGAUGCCAGAGGCAACGAGCAACACGGUGCAUGUCAGGAUACCUUCCGUAUUUGUUCAUCUGGACGGAGCCAGCAUGCUGCGACUAGCAGUCUUCGCAUCAGCUGCGUCGAAGGGUGUCGAGAGCGAGCAUUCCCUCCAGUCAAUGUGGGCACUGAACCGCAUCAAUUCUGAGAGGGUGCAACUGCUCGAAACAUCGCAACAGUGCGUUGGACGCAUUGGACCAACCGCGACUGAUGUGCGAAUACAAGUCGGCAGCAUGACGGUGGCUUUGGAGGGGGAGCAGCAAGGCAGGGCACUAUCGAUCACGUCAGCACCAGCCCUGAUUGUGGGUGCAAACGAAAUCUCGAUUCACGUUCUACCGGACGUCAACAGGCUUCACGCGGCGGCGCUCUGUCGCAAGCUCGUGGACUCGUCGACGAGCGCUGCGCGCAUCCCGCAGAGCAGCUGGGACAGCACGCGGGACGAAGUGCUCGACCGGCUGAUAUAUGCACGCUCGAUGAUCGAUAUUGGAGAAGUCAGCAUGUCUCUGGGAUAUGCGUCUCCUGUGCGGGACAUUCAACCGUCGGGAUGCGUUCCUGCCCCCUACGAGAUUUCCAGGCGCUUCAAAGUUUUGUCUUUGGACUGCAGCCUGCUGAUUGACUCCCACAGGCUGCGGUACGAUGGACGGCUGCCGAGCUCGCGGAUCAAGCUGCAGACACGCCAGGUGGACUUCGAGUUCGGGAUGAAGUCAGCAAGCCACUUGCUCAAGUUCUACACCUCGUUCGUGCCUUCGCUCAUCGAGAGCCCGCUGCUGAAUGAGCUUCACGCGGACGGUGCGCUUGAUCGUAACGAUGCUGCACCACCUCGGUCGGCGUCAGAGUUCAGCGCGGCUGUGGAGCAUUGCGACCUUUGCUUCAAGUUGACUGAGGGACCUGCCACGCGCACCAUCGCCGUCGGGGUCGAGCGAUUCGACAUUUCGACGUCGAGUUCGGCGUAUGUGGGAUCCAACAUGACGGGAAAAGCAGCUCGGAUCGUCACGAAGCUUUUCGCCCCGCUGGCACGGGAAGGCAAUGACAUGCAGGCUCUGGCCACCAUCCUCAACAGUCAAGUUUGCGAUGUGUCGUUCAUUCACGAGACGCGAGUCGGAAGAAACGGGCCGAGCCAGCUUGCUCAAACCCUUGGGCUCACCAUUCGAUCGGCUGAGGCCUUUACAAGUCCAGCAGUGCCAGCAAGCUGUCUCAUGCGCCUCCAUCCGUCAGAACGGUGCGACGAGGAGCGCUGCGUGCACGUCAUGUCAACGGCAAGGCACGGGCAGGCGUUUGGCGGCACCGUGGCGCACAUCGACGUCGACAUCGGACGUAUUGAUAUAGGAUCUCUGAGCUUGCUCACGACAGCGCGCUUCCUCUCUGAUGCCCUACCGGCACUCGUCGACGACAUCGCAUGGCCGGAUGUCCGCGACUCUGUGCGAGUUAGCAAACAGCUCCAGGCGGCACUGGAUGGUGCGAGACACAUUCAAGUUCAGCAGGACAAGGCAGCACUCACCGCAGACUGCGACACGUCAAGCAGCAUUGCAUCAUUGCAUUCCGUGCACAGCUCAAUGUCUUCGGAGGCCGCGGGAGAUGAGGAGGACAUCAUGUUGUGGUCCAUGCAACUCGAAUCCAGCGGUGCACUCCUCUUCCACAUCCUCGCGCAAGAUGGAUCACUGCCGGGCGCUCAGCACGGUCCCAGCUGCUCCCACGGGGCCGCCCCGGCAUGCCCACGCGGAGAAGGCCUUGGCAUCUUCCUCCUGGUUCGCGGCAUCACUGCCCAUGUCCCGGAAGUCGACCCGUACAAAAUUUGCAGACCUCGCGGGGCGGCGUGGCAGAUUGGAUGGCAGCUUCUCACGCUCCGAGGCGUUACAGCCGGGGUUUGCGCGGCUUCGCGCCUUGGUGCCAUGAGUGCACACGCAUCUGCCGACAGAGGAUGGGCUGACGUGGGUGCGAUCGUCUACGAUCAGCCACAGCUGACAGCGAAAUUACACGCGGAACACCAUGCCUUCAACGAGCGUCGUGCUUCACGUCCCCACCUCGGCGUGGUUGAGUUGAGCCUGGACAUUCCUCGGAUAGCAUGCGACCCCCUCGUGCUUGCGUCGGAGGAAGCAAUGACUGCAUUUCUGUGCGAUACGCAACUUCCGGAUUUGCGGCGAGACAUCGACGCUGUCGUUGCCUCCAUGACGGAAGUCAUAAUUCGUGUGGAGGAGGAGGGUGCGAUUGUCACAAAGACAGCUGGAAGCCCCAGGCGAUCGGUGCCGAACUUUCGGCUGCAGCUCCCAGAUUUGCCGAUCGACAUCAGGGCGCAGGUGCUCCUCGAACGAGCGGAGCUGGAACUGUCAACGACCGAUCGAUCCGUGGCGCCUCCUCAGCGCCGAUCGAUGGUGCGUGUCCUGGCUGAAGGCGGGGAGAUCUCCUGCACUGUCCAGACUUCCUGGGAGGUUCUCGUCUUCUUCGGGCUGUCGAAGACGCAGAUCGAGAGGGACCAUCAGGGCGUCGCAAAUGCCUCGCCGGUCGGCGCAGCAGUUGAGGGCGGACAUGGCAGCGACUAUCCAGUGGUCGCACUGUUGACGGAGAGCCCUCCAGUUCCAGAAUCUUCGGCGGCCUCCGGCACUCGUCCUGCUGCACCGAUUUGUGUGCACUCAUCACUUCGAUUUUGCGUCGAUGAUUCGCGGCACGUCGAGCGCCUGAUCACGGCGGUGCACUGCUCGAACAUCUUCGUCCUGUGCUCUUCCCAAUCUAUUGCUGUGGCUGAGGCUGUCUCCCAUGAGACUCUGACCUUGUCGCAGCGCUGGCAUGAGCUGACACGCACGAAACGCCGCGUGCAACGCGACACGUCAACGGAUGCCCGCGGUGGCGAACUAUCGGUAAAUUUAUCGGAUCUCCAACAGUAUGGACUGCCGGUCGUACAACUCGAGUGGCGCGCUCCGCGGGUGGAGCUCAUGUUGCACCACGGCGGUAUUGCACCGCUGACGGUCUUCAGGGGUGCGAUUGUGGACACGGUUACAAGAUCGUGGAGGGCAGGCAUGUCGAUUGUCGUCCAAGAUACCACGACGUGCCUGCGGGCAGACACAGAACUCCAGCGCUUCGACUUCGAGUCGACUCUAAGUGGCGUCGUUGUGGAUGUUUGGCACGGAUGUCAGGCGUGUGGGGACGAUGCCGAGCGAGUUUGCGACUGGAGGGGCGGGGACCUCUCUGUGCGAGUUGAACGAACAAAGAACUCGAUGAUCGUCGCCUCCAAAGUUGUCGGGUCUGCCAAGAGGUGCGCAUUCGUGUGCAGUCUGCGGGCCUGCAGCACGAUAACGUCAAUUUUGAAUGACGCUGUGCACAUCACUGCACGGCAAGGGGUGUGUCAAGAGCCCAUGAGACGUCAGGCUUUCAUCUCAGUUGAAAAGCGUCAAAAUCCCUCUCAAGACAUGCGAGACACCUGGAUUGGCCGUUCAGUGCCCGUAAUCGGCAUUCCCUUUACGCUUGAUGCCGACUGGUACUUGGAGACGGUGUCGUUCUGUGGUGUGCGCCAAGCCGGUUCGAUCGACGAUCGGUCGCCUCCGCUAUUGACUGCGUCAACGAAGGCGGAGGGAUCCAUCAACGUCGCCAGCGGCGACGUGAGGCAAGAGGAUUGGCAGGUGCACGCAAAAGCCAGUUGGACUUCCAGCUUGUCUUGUGCGAGUCAGGAUCAAGUCGUCACGAACGUCAUAUCGGGCAUCACCAUGAGCACAGUGAUUGACGCCCGCGGGAUGCACGGCCUGCCGGUGGAUGCGAUGAAUGUCGUACUGUCGGUGAGAUCGAGCGACGGCUCCGUUCGGGCGCUCGUCACGCUUUCGCCGCGGCUGACAGAUGCGGCAAACUGGGCCCAGGAAGUGGCAGCCCUGUUCAGCACCCAUGCUAUGCGGGCUGUGCUGUUUUUGAGGGACGAUGUGCGCGCGUGCGACAAGACGGAGUCGCCGCUGUCGCCCGCAAGGGCAGAAACGAAAGGCGCACCAUUUUGCAUUCUGGAGUCUCGUCUUCAGGAGCCGGUCGUCGCGAGUCUCACUUGCGACGGGAGCGAGCUGUGGAGUGGAGUUGCGCCUGCCGGGCGGGCGUUGCCCCUCGUAUGGGAUGCGGCUGGUGCGACGACCGCGGGCGGCCUUCCACGUGUCACUUCGGAAGUACACAUAUCUGUGUUCGAGUUGCAAGAUGCUUCGGAAUUCAACACCCGAGACCGCGAGAGCAUGAUCUGUGGUGCAUGUAUCGGAAGGGCUGCCGCGACGUCAGCGCGCGGAAGCAACUGGAAACUGCGGGCUGCAAAUGCAGCAGAUUCUCUCGUCCUGUUCCAAGUAUGCAGCGCGCCCGGUGAGGCGUUGCGCAUUGCGGUCUACCCAAGAAUCGUGGUGACUUCCCAUCUGCAGCACCAUCUGCUGCAGAUAGACUUCGCUGAGCCUCAAGACAGGGCGCCCAGUCACGAGACAAGGCAUGUUCUGCACAGCGGGUCGCAGUUGUGUGUCAACAGUCGGGUUGCACGCGCGGUGCUUUCUGCACAGAGCCUACAUCUACGCGUAUGUGCUGCAAGCUGCACAAGGCGGGCCCUCAGAUCCUCCUGUCAGGGGUCUGAUGUACGGAUUGACGUGUCUGAUGCUCUUUCUGAGACGGCGCUCCCGCCACGCUCGCACGGGCAGCGGACGUCGUGGCGCUUGAUCGAGCUUGAACGGCCGGACGACGGACUUGAUGGCUAUUCUGGCGCGGACGAUAAGCUGCCAGUUCACGUGGCAUACAGCAGGGACUCUCUUGGCGUUCUUGGCGUCGAAUUCUUGGCGCCCUUGGUGUCAUUCAGCUGGUUCCCGUUCGACUUGAGGCUAGCAAUAUCCGGCCCGGCGGCGGUGACACAUCUGAUUCUGCGUUCAGCGACGGCUUGCGGAUCCUCGAUCGAACCUGCGAUCGACUACCACCGUUUCUCCGCAUCACUUGGGUCAGACCCCUCAACUUGGCGCGUGAGCGUUGAGUCGCAAUCUGCACUGGACGCGCAAGCGGUGUCGUCGUGGGCUCGGCUGCAGAAAACUUCAGAGAACGACUUCAGCGCACAGCUAAAGUUGGAGUGGCUGAAUCGGCAGCUUGUCGCACGCUUGGAAGUGUCAUUGCCGCCGCACGGCGCACCGAUUGUGCGAAUCCUUCCCUCGUCGGUCAUCUUCAACAUGAGCGGGUCCAGCGUUGAGGCCAUAUCCUCGGAUCGGUAUCCUGCACACGACCAACCUGGAUUUAUCAUUCAAGCCAACGCGAGUUGCUUCCCCACAGUCCAAGGAGGCCUCUACUUGCGCGGUGCGGGUCAGGAGCGCUGGAACGGGCCAAUCAAGCUAGGCAGCUGUCGUGGAAGCCUGCCGUUCUUGUCCACCACGGGGCCAUUGCAGGCGGCAUGCCACGAGGUGGCUUACGGGACUCCGUCAUUGACGAUCCGAGGCUCGCCGGCUCAGGCUUGCGACCUCGUCGUGAGCAAUGCGACUUUGCAGCAGCUCGUCGUGCGACAACAGGGCAACGGAGCAACAUGCUCACAUCAGGAGCUCGCACUUGCUCCCGGCGCAUGCGCGGGCGUGCAGUGGUGCGCGGACAGGACAUGCCCGACGCAGCUCACCUUGUCGCCACCACAAGUCAGCGAUCGCCAUGGUAGUGUCAUGCUGGAUCUGAGCCCAAUCUUGCAGCCCUCGUCGUUCUCCCUUCGUUCCGCGAGGAAGCGCAAGCUUUCCUGCGUCCCUGUUUCGGGGGGUAGCAGAUCGCUGAUGCGGUGGGCUCUCGGCUACAGCUUCAAGGAGCCGUGUGGACUUGUCGCGCACACUUGCGUGCAGAACGGGACGUUGCACGUCACGAUCAGCGACCAUUCCAACCCCCCAGCAAGCAACUGGAACAGCGAUCUCGGCUCGGCAGGAUCCCAGGCCCAGCUGCAGAGAAAUGCCUCAAUGACCAGCAAGGUGGACUUCCGAUUUUCAAUACCACAUCUAGUCUUCAAUGUUCAAGACUUCGAUGGCGGGCACGUCGCUGAUGUUGACAUGGCGGGGCUGCGAUUUGAAACCAGGGGCGUCAUACCGCACCAUGCCGACAGCCGUGGGGUGGUUGUGGACUUCGAGGCCUUCUUGCUUCGUCUCAGGAUCUCGGGCGACAAACGUCCGUCUGCAGAGGCGGUCUUACAGUGGCCGGCACGGUGGCGCCCACCCUGUCUCCUCCCGACGAGGCGGAUUGCAAAGGUCGAGCCGGCCCUGCGAUCCAGUGUCAGAUUCGUCCUCUGUCCGCUGGAUGUUUCAAGGAUUGACGUUCCGAACGUUUCGGUCUCCUUCGGCCCGCUUUCUUUGUGCCCCGACGUCCACCUGGUGCGAAUGGCGACCGAGACGUUGAGGUCGGUCCGACAGACCCAGGAAUCGCUAGUUCAUGCAACUCCAUCACCUCCUCAAUUGACGGCGCUGGCGUUCAAAGCGAGACGCUCUCAAGGGCUUCACGUGAGGAUGAUGGACGUGCGAGUCGCACCGCUGCACGUUCUCGUCGGCGUGCAAACACGGGGAGGCAGGGCACACAACGACCUUGCUCAUGCAGCGUGCAGCUUGUCGAUUCGCCCGGUCAUGGGCCUUCCGCUGGGUCUCAAACUGACCGAUGCGUACAUUAUGCCAGAGGACGUCAUGGACGCGCUUCUUCCACAAGUCAUGCUGCAGGCGCGAAUGACGUUGCUGUGUAUCCUGGACACAGCAGCGACGUCUGCACUGCCCACGUCAGCGACAGCGUUGUGUUGGCCUGCAAGCAAUGCAGUGGCAUCCUUGCUGCUCGCCUUCGGGGUGGCAGCGUGCGCUGACGCGCAGCAUUUCCAGCAGGAUAUCCACCGACUGAAGCUUGUAGUGUCUCGAGGAGCGUGCGAUGUUGCGUGGGCUCUUUUGAACGUGAUGCGCACAUCGUCAUUCAGUGCGGCACGAUGGAUGAGGGCGUUGCCAGGACUGCACACGCCGAAAGGGCACAUGUACGAUGUGUUCUCCUACCUCGGCAGGCGGUGCAGUGAUCUGCAAGGCCUCGCCGUUGAGUCUCAGGAUCAAGAUGACGUGUAA